UAACAAUAAAAUAAAAUUUUGACUCACACUUGUUGUGCAGCUGCUUAAAAGCACGCAGCUCUGUCGUUCGCAUGACAAUAAAUCUCCGUUCACAACAAGUGAUUUAUACCUCCGCGUAGCAUUAACUGUCUUUCCGUAUGGACCUUCACAGAUCCGGAGAGGAAGCCAUGCAUCCAGGAGCCCUGCGUCCCAUCAGCCUGUGUGUGCUAUUUUGCAUCAGCAGAAGCCUGGCCACACACUUACCUCUUUACGGUCCCCUAGAGGGAAGUACGGAUGAGGAAGAGUUUGGCCUCAUAAAUUCAUCCGCCGUUCCCAGAGUUCACCCAACCGAGUACCAAACCACACCACCAGAACCGUCACGAGAAGGAAGAAACCUCAGCGAGUUCACCAGGUUCCUGGAGGAGAACAUGCUCCUCAUCCUUGUUUCAAGCACACUCAUCUUUCUCACCCUCCUCGUUACCUGUGGAGCGUUUUUCAUGAGCCGCAGGCUCAAGGUGAACUCCUACCACCCGUGCUCCUUCCCCUCGAAAAUGUACGUGGACCAUCAGGACAAGACCGGAGGCACCAAGCCCUUUAACGAAGUGCAAGCCAAAGCCGCUCCUGAGCUGGAAAUGGAGCCAGUGGACUCCAACAAGCAGCUCCAGGCUGAAAUCUUAAGAGCUGCAAGCAGCCUACGAACGCCAACUAAAUGUCCUCAGGCUGCAGAAAGCAGCGAGUCAGCAGCAGACCCCAGUCCUGAGGGCGACUCGAAACCAGACCACAGCGUCCGGGAGCAGCAGCUGCCGACUCUGCCUGAGGAGGAGCAGCGUGAGCUUCCAGACAGCAGGGAAGCCGAGGCAGCAGGUUUAGAGUCGGACCAUCCAGAGCAUCUUCACCCGGGAGACGGGGAUUCAGAGGAGCCUCCGACCGGAAGGAGUCUCCGGCCCUCGUCUCUGCACAUUCACAAUGAAACUGCAACACUGCAGCUGAUCGCCGGGGAGAAAACGGCCUUCUAAUCAGCCUCAGUGAGACAAGCUAAGAACUUAUUCACAGGGAUCCUCUAGCGACGUUUUAUUCUCGUCACAUCUGUGUCAUUUUGUAAAGAAAACAGGUGUAAGACGUUUUAGCGAAGGACUAAAAUUGCAUUCAUGUACUUGGAACUUUUUGUAUUUUUUCUGUGUAUUCCAACCACAAACUUCAGUCAACUUCAUCGAGACUGAAUUUAUACAUUAACAUGAAGUAGAGCGCUCAUUUUGAAACUUUUUUUUCCUUCUUUUUUUUUCAAAUAAAAAUGAGAACUGUCUGGUA